AUGGCCCUAACGAAGCAGGUCCAUCUUCGCAACCCGGAUGACUUUCCUACCCUUCAACUUUUUCUUCUAGCGAUUGUUCGUCUUGCCGAACCUAUCGCCCUUACUUCCAUCUUCCCCUAUGCCUGGGCUCUCGUCAAAAAGUUCCAAAUCGGCAACCAGGAAGAUGCCUCGUUCUACGCCGGGCUCCUCAUCUCUUCCUUCUCCCUCGCCGAGGCCCUCAUGGGUAUGUACUGGGGCGGCUUGUCUGAUCGUAUUGGCCGCAAGCCCGUGUUGAUGCUGGGAUGCCUGGGUACCAUGUUCAGCAUGAUUAUGGUGGGUUUUGCCUCCAAUAUCUGGAUAGCUUUGCUCGGAAGAGCCAUAGGUGGUCUUCUCAACGGUAACAUCGGCGUCAUUCAAACAAUGGUCGGCGAGCUUGUCACCAAACCCGAACACGAACCUCGCGCAUUUGCCGUCAUGCCCUUCGUAUGGAGCAUCGGAACCAUCAUCGGCCCUUGCAUUGGCGGAACGUUUGCCAAUCCUCACGGAACUUGGCCUGGCGUGUUUCCCAAAGGCUCUCUGUUCCAUGACUUCCCGUAUCUCCUCCCCAAUCUUCUAUGCGCCAUCCUACUCCUCAUCAGCAUAGCGCUGGGAUUCUUUCUGCUCGAGGAGACUCACCCUGAUAUGCAACCCCGCAUGCUGUUGCCUGCAGAUACCUAUGUCUCGGAAGAGACUCCACUGAUCGAGACUUCAGAUGCCAUGAAGCGCCCUGCGGUGGAUCUUCGAGCCGAAACUUAUGGAACUCUCCGGAGUUGCCACGACGAGCAUGAACAAGACAAGUUGGCCAACUUGGCCACCCGAGAAAAGGACGGUCUGUUGACCAAAGUCUGGAACCCACAAGUUGUUGGCUUUAUUGUCGCCUUGUCCAUCUUCACCUACCAUUCCAUGACAUAUGAUCAUCUCAUGCCAAUCUUCUUCGAGGACGAACGUCGUGUAGACAAUGGCGACGGCGCGACAAGUCUCCCGUCCAUCUUCAACUCGGCCGGCGGCCUGGGACUCUCGCUGUGUGAUGUCGGGAUGAUCAUGGCUGUCAACGGCAUCAUUGCCUUGUUCGUGCAGGCCGUCAUCUUCCCCAUUGCAGCAGAGAGGGUCGGUGUGUACAAGCUUUUUCUCAUUGUCACUGCUCUGCACCCCAUCGUGUACGCGAUUGUCCCUCUCUUGCUCCUCGUCCCCGCAGCUCUCAUCUUCCCCGCCAUAUACACCUGCCUUGCGGUCCGUAACAUGCUCUCAAUCACGCUGUAUCCAUUACUUCUUAUCCUCAUCAAAGAGGCCACUCCGUCACCCAGCGCUUUGGGCAAGGUCAAUGGUUUGGCUGCCAGUGCCGGUGCCGCCUGUCGCAUGAUUGCCCCUCCGGUGGCUGGAUAUCUCUACACGUACGGCAGCACAAUCAACUGCACCGCUAUAGCAUGGUAUGGAAGUGUCGUCGCCGCCAUCAUGGGCUCCGUGCAGUGCUUUUGCGUUCCCCGUAGGCACAAUGCCGACAAGUCCGAAGAGUGUGCUACCGCGACGUCACCUUGCAGUGAAUAUGCUCCGAUGAGGUCUGAAGUAUCGGAUGAGGAGGAGAGACGCUAA